UUUUAAACUGCCGGGUCUUACAACUGUGAAACAGAUAAUAAAUGUCAUAUGGUACUAAAAGGGUCUUAAAGAGUCUUAGGUUUGAAUUUGUGAGCCUGCAGAAACCCUGUGUAUGUUUUUGUCUUUAAAAGUUCUACACAUUUUUGCUUGUUCUUGGCACUUCUCAUCUGAGAGGAUUGGGGAGGUCCCUGACAGUAUGUGUGGCUUUCAUAGCUAAGAUAUUUUAAGAAUUAAUUUCCGAGAUGCUUGGAACUUAUUGAUUUAUUUUAAUUGUUAUUUUAAACCAGCAGCGUCUCGUUGUAUGUGUUCUAGACGUCCUUCAGGACUGUGCUUUCCUGCGUGUUCAGUCGAUGUUUUAGAUAUUGCAUUACACUGCUGUUCCUCAUAAAGUAAAACUCACUUCAGACAGAAUCUCAGUGACCUGUAUGGAAGAGCAGUUAUGCUUCAGGCGUCACUUGAAGAGAGAAAAGAAAACGUAACAUAAAUUGUAAGUAAAUGUUGUAAAUGUUGAAUAUCACUGCUUUACAGAGCAGUUGUUGUUGGUUAAUGGACUGCUCGUCGUUCUUCAGCUCUUUUAAACAUUUGUUUCAGAGAGUACUGUUAAUAUUUGGCAUCUAUAUGAAACAUAUUAUAUAUGUAUGUGUGUGUGUGUUUACUUUGCUGAGGCUUGGGACAUGGCAUUUAGUUCAGAUGGUGUAACUUUAGUUAAAUUACAGCUUUAUCAGACUUGUAAAUUUACUUUUAGACUAGGACUUGUCAGGACUUGUGUCCACUUUAUUCUGUGUUCAGAGCACACCUGGUGUCACAUCAGGUGACGGCAAAAUAAUUUUUCUAUCAUGGGUGAAUACGUGACACUGUGAGGUGACAGUGACAGACCAUAUGCUCAGAAGAUGUAGGGAUGACUGUACCAAACUCCAGCUGAGUGACACUCCCAUCUCCCAUUUCCUCCUUCACUGGGUAAAAAGGCCAGAGAAUGUAGAACUGAAACCUUUACGAAGUGAAUAUCUUGGGAUUUUCACAUUGAGUCGUGUUUAGAUAAAUGCAUUCAUUGUUCUGUUUCGCCUGUAUUCCUAAAAUAAAAGAGCAGACCUCGCCCUUAGUGUGUCCUGUAUUAAUGGACGAUUCUUUGCACAGUCAUGGUGUACUGUACCGGUCCAGCUAGACACUCCUCAGCCUGUGCUUUCUAAACCAUAGCUCCCCUGUCAGACGGUAUCAAGCCACUAAUGUGCAGCGAGGUCCUGCCACAUGAAGGUUGUCAUCCCCCCUGCUGUCACUUUAAGAAGCACCGAUGCAGCAGACGCAGUUACCUCAUUUCAACUCGGGCUCCAUGGCUGCAGGAUGGACUCUCAUCAGCAUCUUUUCAUCCCUUCGGCCACCAGGGACAGCUCAGCGACCAUCCAGUCUGGCAGGAACGGAGGCUUCCACCCGGCGAAAUGGUAGCGUUUCACAGAGCCUUGAUAAGAUGGGCUGUCAACGGUGUUUUGGGUGUUUUCGGCUAUCAGGAACGCAUGUGUUGAGAUUUAGACAGCCGGUUACAUCUUUGUUCAGUAGGCGUAUGUAGGACGCACGCUGGGACUAAAUUUGCGUUCCUCUGUAGAAAGUACCCGCGGCGGGGCUGUUAAACAUGUUUGGGGACCCCUGCAAUCAGCUGGCAGUGCAAACUAGGAAUCAGGAGACGUUUCUGGCUGCUGGGUUCACCAUCGCCCCAGGUUUGUCAGCUUUGUAGGCGACAGAUGUGUGAACUCCAGCAGUUCAACGCCACAGUGAUUAUUGGAGGACGGAGCGCGUCACACGCGCACCGUCUGAUUUUUCUCAUCAGCCCACUGUGGCUUUUUUUAAACGCCUAAGUACAGUUUUAGCCGCCUACUCGCUCGUGCUCGCCUCCACAGUAAAAGUCACGCUUACGUAAGAUGAUUGCGUAUUUCUCACCGGUAAGGUACUUGCCACUUGUUGCACAGCCAGAAGAGGGAGGUGAGAUCUCUCAUUGUCCUAGAAAUGUAGGACAAAAUGCGAUGCUUCCUUUCCUUUUAGUCUCCUUUUCAGUAUCAGAGGUCUGCUGUGUGUGCAGCUGCUACAAAGCUUUGUGCAGCAGCAGGUAGAUUUUAGGCCUGGAUCAGCAGGUUCUCUAAUCUCUACAGAGCUGCAGUGGCUUUGGAAGAAAGAUGAGAACAUUUUGGCUGAGGGGUGUCUAGCUGGACUGGUACAUUUUGUUCUCAUCUGGGAUUGUUGUAGGUGGACUGAGCUGAUUCAUAAGUGGGGUGGUGACAAAGUUACUGUACCUGAAACAUUUUCAUUAGGCUGCUUUUACUGUUAGGCAGGGCUGUAGCUGCUGCUGAGGUCAUGUACAAUAUGCUGUGUGCAUCAGUGUGGAGUUUGUUUAUGACUAAAUACAAUGAGCAGUAACAUAUAGAGACAAACUCAGAAAACCAAAUGAAGGUGCUAAAGUUUCAAAUAAUAGGUGGAAUAAAAUCACUUGUAUAUUGUAUGUGAGUAACACUUAUUGUUUUACAGUAAUACUUUGAGUUAGUAUGACUCAAGAUUACUGUCUGCUGUGUCAUGCUCCUGCAUUUUGGGUUCGUGACAGCGUUACACAACAGGAGAUGUCAGGCUAAUAAUGGAGUGUGUGCUGAAAAAAGAAAGGACAGUUUAAAAGGUGCUGAACAGAGAAAUAUGAACGCACAGAAAAUAUGCAUAAAAUAGGCAAAUUAGUGGAUGUCAAAGAUUUGAAGGAUUUCAAACAGCAUUUAAACUUUACUGUUGGGAAAAGAAAUGGACAAUGCAAUAGGGCAGCUAACUGAAUAAAUGAAAUGUGAAAGAUCCAAAUAAUUAUUUUGUAACAGGACCUCUUGAAUAUCCUAAGGAGCCGUUAUGGGGCCACACCAGAAACACCUAGUAAAGCUAGCACACAGGAAUCUGCCCCUGCAGACAGGUAAUGGGUGCCGUGACCCCAGAGACCCUGUUUUUCUUUCUUUUUAUCCUGUGACACCAGUUAAUUUGAGGGUUUAUCAUGUGUAUCUGCAGCUGUGCAGACAGAGCUCAGAGAGGCAGCUGCACUGGCUGUGAAAUCACUGUGUCCCUUUGUGUCAGCACAGAAAGGAAGCUUUAUUUGCUUCCAGCCUAGACUUUUUUUUAAAUUAGGGUUAGGGUCAGACUGUUGUUACUGACUUCCAGUAAAGAAGCACAUAAUCACCAGACGCAACAUUCUGGAACAAACAUCCUUUCUCUUUGCAGUUCUGCUGGGAUUCAUUUUAAAUCUGUUGUUUUGGAGUAUUGGUGAUUCUGACUUUCUGGGUUUGUAGUCUGUAAUGGUUUUUACAGUGAGGCUGUGAGAGUGUCUGGCGUCCAUCUCUAGAGACAGCAGUGGGAAGGUGGGAGGCCCCUUGCACAUCAAUGUCUCUCACGCCCAGUCGAAAGCCCUCCUCAGGUCAGCGCAGAUGCUCUGUGGGCACCAGCGGUGGCACUGCACGACAUUCCCACAGUGAUACGUCCAGUACCCACACAUAUCCUGGUCGGGCGAGGGCAGCAGAGGGCAGCUCCACAGACCGGACGCAUCCUACUACACCCAGGCGUCAGGUGAAGCACACGGCCUGUAGUGACAACCAUGGGAUCAGGCCCCCUACCCCGGAGCAGUACCUUACACCCCUGCAACAGAAGGAGGUGUGCAUACGACAUCUACGAGCCAGGCUGAGGGAGAAUGUGGAAAGACUGCAACACAGGGACUGUGAAAUUGAUGAGCUAAGGACCCAGCUGUACAGGAUGCAAGAGGACUGGAUAGAAGAGGAAUGCCACCGUGUGGAGGCCCAGUUGGCCCUGAAAGAGGCGCGCAAGGAAAUCCAGCACCUCCAGGAGGUCGUAGAGUCAGUAAAGUCCAACCUUGGUAUUCAUGAACAAGACCCCCAAGACCACAAACCGUACUCAGGGUUGCAGGGAACUCGACCAGGGAGGAAGUCUCGCUCCUGUGGCUGUUCCCCAGCCAGCACUUUGAGCCGCAGCGCCACCUACACCCGACUGAGCCACGAUGCUCUGCAGCUGGAGAGCAGCUCAAAUGCUCCUGAGGCAGGUGGAGCAUCUCGCCCAGCAGGACACCUGCAUGACCCCAGCAGAACCCACCUGCUCCUGGAGGCAGCCCUCCUAUCAGAGCAGUUGCCACCACAGGGCCACAUCUGGGGCCCCCCACCUGUGCCACGCUCUUCGACCUAUGAAAGGCUGUGCAGUGGGGGGGCUGUACUGCCAAUCUCACAUUCCUGCCACACUCUCAGCAGCAGCUGCAGGUGCAGUGGACACACCUACCUCCCCCACCAUCACUUGUUUUUGCACUUACCUCAGGAGGAGGCACCGGUAACAGCAGUGACUCCUGCUUCUCCUGUCACUAAUCCUAUUCCCACUCCUUCUUCUGCUGCAGAGAAGAAGCCAGAGGUUCGCUCCCAGGCCUGCAGCCCGACCAUGAACUGGCUGUGUGAGGAAAACUGCACCCAAGAGCUGAGUGUCAUUUCUUUAGCCACAGCAGACAUCACCCCCUCAGAACCACAUCUGUUUCGAUCAUCUUUACCUCCUGUGUCCCCUUCUGAGAAUUCAUACAGAGUUGAGCCGCUACCACUGGACAAACCAGAGGAGGUAACACAGAUGCCAGUUGAGCCCCACACCUGCCAGCCUCAUUCUAGAGCUCCACUUCCAGUCAGACAGGAAGCUGUGGUGCUGGAGAUGGACGAAGACAAUAAGGAGGAAAGUGAAGGAGCAAAUGAAGAUGGGUACUCCUCUCAGCUCUGCCACUGGAGCAGGUACUUCCUCAUCGAUCUUUUAGCUUUGGCAAUGCCAGUGGUCCCAACCGUGGCGUGGUGGUGUCGAGGGGCGGCACAGGAAGUCUUGCCUGUAUAUCAUCUCGGGUCCCUGCUGAGAGGCUGCUGUGCUGUGGCCCUCCACUCGCUUCGCCGCCAGGGAGCAGGGAGGGGACGCCGGCCCACCAGCAUGAAUGGAACGACCCCAGUCUCAGAGACGGAGAGAAUACAGCUCUAACCUCUGCAGACACUGCUGACUUUGCUUUCUUACAUUUUGGUCAUUGCCAAGCUUAUGAUAUCUCCUGCUAGGUUUUUUUUUUUUGUGAUUUUCUGGUCAUCUUGCCUUAGAGAACAAAGAAUUAGUUGUACAUUAUUAAAUACUUUAAUUACUUGCCUAUACUUUCUGCUACUGCCUGCAGUUUAAGUGCUUUUCUCUAGAUCGUAGUUUGCAUGUAACCCACAGAUUAGUUGGGCCCUCUUGCUAAAAUUAAAAAGCCCGUACUUGGAUUUAUAUGACCAAGCUUUGGGGCAAAAAUGUGCAGUUUGUUUUAUCCAAAAAAGUUGUCAAACAAAAUCAUCAUGUUUUACAAAAUGAUGAGGGACAUUUAUUUAACAUGAACAAGGUCCCACAGCAUCAGAAAUAUAAAAUAGUCAGUACUUAUCUAAGUUGUUAAGAGGACAGUGUGCGUAGGUGGGAGAAGGCACUUCAGCUAUUUCCUCACAUAAAAAUAUUGAAUGUUUUAAACCUCCUGGUACUUUCAUCUUCUGAAGGGUAGAGCAUGUGCAUCAACUCUGGUAUUCCGGUGCAGAAUAGGCAGAUCAUAGAUCUAAAACAAAAUAAAAUAAACAUGGACCAUGGUUUAAAAGUGCAUGGGCCAAAACACCAACAUUCCAUUUUAUUUUUUAGCUGCAAUGUACUAGUUACCUGAAAAUAAAGAAAACUCUAUGAAGGCAGCAGCUUGGCUUUUAGCAGGACAUCACAGCGUAGGCCUUGGUGUGCAAGCAGGACGUCAGCAGUAACCUGGCAUCAUGCUCCAGUCCUGAUAGGCCGUGUCUGGUUGUGUAGCUAAGUCAGAUAUUUCUACAAUGGCUAUAGGAGAUAAGGAGAAACAGUUCUUUAAGAUUAACAAAGAGCAGUUUGUGGUCCACACUUCUGUAUGAAUGGAUGAACCUGAAUGAGCUGUUCUGUUCAAUGAAUCUGUGAAGGAAGAACAGUUUUUGAUACAGUAUAUUUUCUGAUUUUAUAAUGUAAAAAGAUCUUUGCACAGUUGCAGGUAAAGAUUUACACUCCAAGUUCUUUGCAUGAGUGUCGGUUGCUUUCAUAGCACUCUAUAAUAAUGAUGUACAGAAUGUAUCAUAAAUGUGAAUACCCAUCUUACAAGCGUGUUGACUGAAAUAGCUCAUCUGUCAUGACCAACUAGGUUUAAUGUACAGUAUGUGUGGUUACCAGUUUCAGCCUUAUUAUGCAACAAAGGGCAAUGAAGGACUCAAGGUGGAUGAAGAACUGUUUGUACAAAUUCAUAGGGAAAAAGUAAUCAAGGAGAGCAGAGAUUUGGUCAGUGGUGAUAACUAUAGAGGGCAGCACAGCGGAGCGGUGGUUAGCGCUGUCAACUCGCAGGGUUUGAGCCCAGGCCAACCUGGGGCAUUUCUGUGCAGAGUUUGCAUGUUCUCCCUGUGCCUGCAUUGGUUCUCUGGGUACUCCAGCUUCCUUCCAAAGACUCUGCCCUGUUCUAAGUGGUAUAGAGGAUGGAUGGAUGAUGGCUGUUGAAGGCACAUGAGACUGCAAGUAGCAAUGGGCAAGUAGUGUGAAAGCACUUUGAAUGUGAUGCAACGCAUAGAAAAGUGCUAUACAAGUAUAAGACUGUUUAUCAUAGUGAGGGUCUGGCCCAGGGGGCCCCAGGACUGCAUUUAGCAGUAAUCACACCCUUGUCGCAUCAGGACAAAGCAAUAGUAAGAUGGAGGAAAUUUUAAGUUAUUUUGUUUAAACUAUUUGUUUCUGGUUAGAGGGCACAAAGUCUAGAGUUUGAAUUUCUAUUUUCGCUUUGUUAAACUUUAGUUCCACAGCAACUACCUUUUCUUUAUGUCUAAGGAUGUGCUUAUGCAUUUGCUUCUGAUUAAUGUGUCACUUAUGUGUUAACAUACUUCUUAUUGCAUAGCCUGGACUCAAAAUGACAAAACUAGACUUCAAGUCAGCCUGUUCUUUACAAGCAUAAUCCAAUGAAGCACAUUAACUGUACUUUAACUGCACAAGCAAUAAUAUUGCAAAAUACCAUGAAAUGUUUCUUCACAGAAAAUAAAACAUGC